AAUCAACACCACACACACCCACCACCAUGACGCACUCUUGUUGGCUCACCCGCCCGUUCACCUUCCCGCGGUGGCAAAACACAGCAUGCUAGCAAGGGAAAGGAGCAACGGCGGCCACGAGCGCAACCGCAAUCGUAACCUCUUCCCUGCAUCGCACCGCUCUGCACACAAACCCCAGUACUAUUCAAUAACACCCGUCAUCAAUCAUCCCAACAUCUCAAAACCCGUCCUCAUUUCCCAGGUUCAUCAUCAACUCCACCUCGAAAUCAUGUCCUCCUCCUCGUCGCCCACGAGCAUGCCCAUCCACCACCACCACCACUACCGCUCCCAAGAGGAGGAGCAAGAGGAGGAGAAAGCAAAAGCCGCGCCCCCCGCCGCCCCCGCCGCACACCCAGACGCCAACGCUGCUCGCGCCAUGGAUCACACCAAUUCCUGGAAGCCCAGUCUCGACCGCCGCCAAAGCUGGAGCAAGGAGGACCAGAAGCACGCCCUGCAAAUGUCCUCGCUCGACGGCGUCAAGGCCGGGCCAGGGUUUACCGAGAAGUAGGAGAGGCUGCUGCGGGAGGACCACGGUGUGUGUGUGUUUCACAGAAUGGCCGGACAAGGCAUCAACGGUACGGUACGGCACACAUCAAAUCACGGCAAUGAGCAAUCUUCGCCACUUGGGACCGCAUGGCAAGGCACCAUGCAUAAUUGUAUUCGUUGGCUUCCAUUGCAGCAACAAAGUUGAUCAAUUCCUCGCUUGUAUCCCAGAGCCAUGCGCCGUGAUACCUAGACUACAAAAGAGAAUGGUGAGUGAGGACUUUCCGCCCAGCCUCCCCCCACCCCAGCAUGGGUAUUCCAAAAUCACUCCUUCACAGACCAUUGGGGCCUCUUCCCGUUGAGACAUACUCACCCACAACACCCACGGCGUAUGCAAUGCCUGCCACCCAAACGGUGCCCACCACCACCUUCCGAGCGAGGCUCCUCUUCUUCUUGCCCCGAUACUUGCCCCUACCAGUAAAGCUUUCCUCGGUAGACGGUGGCGAUGGCUUGGCCCCCUCCCCGGCAACUCCGUCAUAAUUGACAAAACCCGUGGGGCUGGCAAAGUUGCCCGUCACAGGCUUGCCCAUCAUGUCGAUGGGAUUGACGGGAGCUCCCGUGGCCUGCGCCAACGUCGACUCGGGCGAGCCGGGUCGCACCUUUCGAAACACGAGCACGUCGCCGCUCCCAGACACAAUCUCGUACCCCUGCGACUGAAGUGGUGCGAAGUGCGGCAGGAAUUUGGAGGGGUUGGACAGGCGCAACAGGGCCGCCGCAGGAGAUUCUGACGAGGUCGUUUCAUGAACCCCAGAUGCCGUCUCGGCAAUGGUGAUGCUCUGCGUUGCAGGGUCAUAUGCGAGAAUCUUGUACAAGGCUGGCUGUUCCGCCUCGGCCUGGGUCGCCGACGCAGUCGCAUGCUCCCUAGGCGCCUUGGCCUUGUGGUGCUUGACAAAAGUCGGCCACGUCGACUCUCCAUUGCACUCUUCUGCGUAGCUCGUCUGCAGGCCCUGAGGCGCCUUGGAGUAGUGAUCUUCAUGGUCUGUCGCCCCGCGAGGUCUGGCAAACCGGGCUCUUCGCUGCGUGGCGCCCCGGUUCAUAGCGGGUUCCAACUUGGUAGACUCUUGAGGGAAGCUCUCGUCCAUUGAGCUCACCUGCGUCUCCUCACUCUCGCCGCUUUGAGACACCAUGCUUGGCGGUGCUCCGUGGUCGUCAUCGUUGCGGUUGUUUGGGUACAAAGUCGACU